AUGUUUUUGCAAGCUUUGAAAGUAGCCGUCCCAAGAUCUGCUCGCACUUUUGCGUCUACUCGUGUCACAGCCAAUGCUAUUCAAGACCUGUACCUAAGAGAGAUUAAGAACGUCAAAUUGCAACCCAUAAGUGCAAAAGACGCCGAAGCAAGUGUCAAGCCAUGGAACGCUCCAAAGGCACCUCAAACUCCAGAAUUGGAGGGUCAAGGCCCUGAGGCUUUGAAGGCUUACGCUCAAGAGGACGUACAAGUUUCUAAGACUGAAGCCGAAUCCGCUGCUGAAACCGAAGAACAAGAUUGGUUGGUUUUGGAAGAAAUCGAAGAAGAGACUCACCAUUAA